CCGUAUUAUUCCACUAAAGUGAUCAAUCUGAAGGCAAUAUAAGGAAAAAUACAUAACCAGCGUUUCAAGGAAGUAAUUAAUUUGCUUACGGUUGAGUAUGAGAGAGUGUAAUAGAGGGAUGGCGAUGAGGCAUCAUCAGUGGGAUCUGGGAAUGCAGCUGGCGGCGGUUGGUGACGUCGGCUGUGUGCGUCAAUACUGGUGGUUGCCCUGUCGCACAUCUGGCCUCAUCUGUCCACCUUGGCCAGGUUCCCACGGGCCUCUAUAACUGACCUGACCCGACCUCCAGGCCUGCUGCCUUCCCGUGACGACCUCCACACACACACACCACAAAAACCCACUUCCUCAGCGGCUGCUUCCGCCGGCACCGCCCACACACACACACACACACACACACACACACACACACACACACACACUCACACUCACAAGACCGUCAUUUCGAGGUAACGUAUUGGCUCUGAGGAACACCUGUCUACCUCCCACACACCUGACACCUGUCUACCUCCCACACACCUGACACCUGUCUACCUCCCACACACCUGACACCUGUCUACCUCCCACACACCUGACACCUGUCUACCUCCCACACACCUGACACCUGUCUACCUCCCACACACCUGACACCUGUCUACCUCCCACACACCUGACACCUGUCUACCUCCCACACACCUGACACCUGUCUACCUCCCACACACCUGACACCUGUCUACCUCCCACACACCUGACACCUGUCUACCUCCCACACACCUGACACCUGUCUACCUCUCACACACCUGACACCUGUCUACCUCCCACACACCUGACACCUGUCUAUCUCCCACACACCUGACACCUGUCUACCUCCCACACACCUGACACCUGUCUACCUCCCACACACCUGACACCUGUCUACCUCCCACACAUCUGACACCUGUCUACGUCCCACACACCUGACACCUGUCUACGUCCCACACACCUGACACCUGUCUACGAACCACACACCUGAUACCUGUCUACGAACCAUACACCUGACACCUGUCUACGUCCCACACACCUGACACCUGUCUACGAACCACACACUUGACACCUGUCUACGUCCCAUACACCUGACACCUGUCUACAUCCCACACACCUGACACCUGUCUACGCCCCACACACCUGACACCUGUCUACGCCCCACACACCUGACACCUGUCUACGCCCCACACACCUGACAGCUGUCUACGUCCUACCCAAAUACAUAUUUCUUUCCCACACGAGGAUACCCACACAGUGUGGGAGGCUGGGAGGGCCCGCCAUAGUCACAAGGUACCAUGUCACAACCAGUUGUGACCCCACAGUCACAAGGUACUAUGCCACAACCGGCUGUGACCCCACAGUCACAGGAUACCAUGCCACAACCGGUUGCGAUGCACAGUACACAAACCACACUACCACAACCGGUUGUGAAGCUGCAGAGUGAUCCACCACUCCAGGAGAGCCUGGUACCUGAGUGCCGGGUAAUGGCAGUAGUGCCAGCAGCUGGCUGUGGCCACAGGAUGGCACACACAACACCCAAACAAUACUUAGAGGUAUGUGGGCGAGCACUGGUGACGCACUGCCUGGUGGCGCUGCAGGAGGUGUCGUGGGUGGCGCGGGUGGUGGUCGUGGCCGACGACCUGGUCAGGAUGCAGGGCGUGGUGGAGCGCCUCUCCAAGGUCACUGUCAUACAGGGUGGAGGAAGCCGUCACAGGUCCAUCAGGGCGGGUGUGGAGGCUCUAGCAGACGACCCUCCUGACGUGGUGGUCGUACACGACGGUGUACGACCACUCUUGCCCCUCAACACCUUGGCUGAAGUGGUGUUGGAGGCGGAGCGUCACGGAGCAGCAGGAGCGGUGCGACCUCUGGUCUCCACUGUCGUCAAACCUGACCACCUGAACUUCCUGGAGGAGAGCCUCGUCAGGAGCCACUACCGCAACUCGGAGAUGCCGCAAGCCUUCAGGUUCAACGUCCUGAGGGAAGCCUACCGCAGGUGUAGCGAGGAUGAACUGGACCACGGGACGGAGUGCCUGGCCCUGGCCCUCCACCACGCAGGUAUCAGGGCCAAGCUAGUACCUGGCACCUCACACCUUUGGAAGAUAACAGAGGAGCGGGACCUGGUUGUGGCUCGGGCAGUAUUAGGUCCCUACACUCGCUGUGUUCGUCUCAUCUGUGGUGCUCUUGCUAAAGCCCCCACCUGCCACAGCUAUCCAGAGUCUUCAGCUGAACACCCGCCUCUAGGAUCACUCCUAGACACUAGGACAUCCAGCGCUGAUAAGAAUGCUCAGUGUUGUGAAGUUCCUGUCAGCUCCCAUUACUCGGGGAUCCAAGGAAACAGAUCUGAAUCUCAUUUUACCAAGCCUGACGUCGGUGCGCCUCUCAAGUGUGGCAUCGAGUGCUUGUCUGUGUUCGCCGCACUGCAAAGUUCACUCAGGAACAAUUCAAAACACCUGUACGUCUCACAUGAUUUUAUUGCCUCUACAUCGUGCUCUGCUGUGAUCGUUAUCACCGUACUGGACACUGUGGAGGAGUGGGAGACGUCCCUCAAAGUUAUCUCUCAAGGCAUCAACAAGCAUAUGUCCCAGGCUGUUCUUAUAUUCACUCUGAGGAUAAGGGAGCGCAAUGUGACUUUAUUAAACAUUACACAACUUCAGCAUCAGCUUCGGAACAUAUUUCAUGAGCACCUAACCACUGUAACGGCUAUCUUAAAGUUCUCCACACUAGCUUCCCUCAGUCAGUCAGGCAAAUCAAACUGCUCAGGAACACAGGGUCAUGAGCUCCACAUUUCGCAAAACACUACAGACAUAUCGAAGGAAACAGCAUGUCAGAACAUUAUUAAUGAGCCGGAGUUUAGUGACGAAGACAACCAGUUGGUUAAUAUGGUGACCACGUUGCUGGACCAGACCACCAGGUGCUUCCAUGGGCAGGUUCUGGUGCAGUGAGACAGGUACGACUGUGUUAACUUGGCAGGGGAUGACAAAUGUUUCUUUUCCUCUGUUGUGAAUGAAGAUCUUUCCAUUUUCAACAUUAAAGUGAAGAUCAGACGUAGCUGCAUCCACGAAUAUUUUAGCGUCUGGUAUUCAUUAGAAAGAACACGCUCCAGUGUUUCUGGGUUACGUUUUUCUAGUGUUUAUUUUCUACGUUGCUGUCUUCCAAUAUAGUCUUGGGACCAGGUAUCAUCUCACCUUGCAACAUAGUCUCAGGACCAGGUGUCAUCUCACCUCCCAACAUAGUCUUAGGACCAGGUGUCAUCUCACCUCCCAACAUAGUCUUGGGAUCAGAUGUCAUCUGACCUCCCAACAUAGUCUUAGGACCAGAUGUCAUCUCACCUUCCAACAUAGUCUUAGGACCAAUGUCAUCUGACCUCCCAACAUAGUCUUAGGACCAGAUGUCAUCUCACCUUCCAACAUAGUCUUAGGAGCAGGUGUUAUUUCACCUCCCAACAUAGUCUUGGGACCAGGUGUCAUCUCACCUCCCAACAUAGUCUUGGGACCAGGUGUCAUCUCACCUCCCAACAUAGUCUUGGGACCAGAUGUCAUCUCACCUCCCAACAUAGUCUUGGGACCAGGUGUCAUCUCACCUCCCAACAUAGUCUUGGGACCAGGUGUCAUCUCACCUCCCAACAUAGUCUUGGGACCAGGUGUCAUCUGACCUCCCAGCAGAAACUCUUGGAACAUCACACCUUCUAACAGAAUCGUGGAAUAGCAUCUAACAAGACGUCGUGGAACAACACUCUUAUCUCCCAACGCAAAAUCUUGGAACAAUAAAAAGCGACCGAAUCUCA